UCUCUUACUAUGAUCUUAUAUAGCACUAAGCCACCAGAUCAAUUGAAAGUCAUGUCGACCAAAACUAUUGCAACAGAAGGGACUUGUGUUUCCGCUGCAUCUUCAUCAACUUGUGGAGUCAGUGUUAACUCACCGACGGCUAGACGAUUGCGUACUAGAACGUCGACAGGAGGAAAUAUGGGGAGUGGUGAUUCAGGAAAAAAAAGCGGCGGUUGCUCUAAUGCUCCCGAUCGCAACACUAAUUCCUCAGAUUUCAAUAAAAAUGAUUGUGCAACCAAUAGUACCGGCACUGGAGCUUCAGCCACAGGGAUUAAUUAUAGUGAAGAUAAACAAAGUACAAACCACUGCAGCGGUACAAAUUCCAUAACUGGAUCAGCCAAAAAGUACCAUAAUAGUUGUCCUCAUCCAAUGAAUGAUCGCGGUCGUGGGAAACCGGCAGCACAUCUGCAGCCUCACAGCUCCAGUACUUUUAACUUGAAUAAGACAGAAGAAUUCCACUUCGAUACUCCGGUUGAGUGUCCCGUUUUUCGUCCCACGCAAGAAGAGUUCAAGAACCCGCUGGCUUAUAUCAAUAAGAUUCGACCCAUUGCUGAGAAAUGUGGUAUUGCAAAAAUCUUGCCACCAGAAUCAUGGUCUCCACCAUUCGCCGUGGACGUAGACAAGUUGAAGUUCACUCCUCGAGUGCAACGCCUUAACGAAUUGGAAGCAAAGACUCGAGUGAAGCUUAAUUUUUUAGAUCAAAUUGCCAAAUUUUGGGAACUUCAGGGUUCUUCACUUAAAAUACCAAUGGUUGAACGCAAAGCUUUAGACUUGUAUACCUUACAUCGCAUUGUACAAGAAGAGGGUGGGAUGGAACAGACAACUAAAGAACGCAAAUGGGCAAAAGUAGCAAAUCGUAUGUCGUAUCCAUCGAGCAAAAGCGUCGGUGCAACAUUGAAGGCUCAUUAUGAACGCAUACUUCAUCCAUUUGAGGUUUAUACAUCAGGUAAAGUACUAGGAGGUGGAAUUGGAGCAGCUACUAGCGUCGAUGCGGUAAAGCUCGAAGACGGCACUGAUUAUAAAGCUCACGAAAUACCAACACGUCAACAGAUCGCACCCCCAAAUGAAAAUAAUGCCCGACGCUCUAAGCGCUUUGCUAAUUCAAGUGCCAAUUGCGGUUUGGGAAGUGCAUCGCGUAACAAUAUGAAGGUCGAAACGAAAGAGGAUUUUAAUCGGGAUCUAUUACAUUGCUUUAAUGCUGCCGGCACUUCUACCUCAGUAAUUGAGGUACGAAGUCAAGCUUCUGGAACAGCUUUAGCAAAUGCAACGGCACAAAAAAAAGCACCUGAUCCUCAAAUAGUUGAUCCCUUAUUGAAAUAUAUUUGCCACAUAUGUAAUCGCGGCGACGUAGAGGAAUCAAUGCUUCUCUGUGACGGGUGUGAUGACAGUUAUCACACAUUUUGUUUGUUGCCACCUUUAUCCAGCAUUCCAAAAGGUGAAUGGCUUUGUCCUCGUUGCGUUGUUGAGGAAGUGAGCAAACCUACUGAAGCAUUUGGUUUCGAGCAAGCGGAACGAGAGUAUACAUUACAACAAUUUGGACAAAUGGCAGACCAAUUUAAAAUGGAUUAUUUUCGCACACCCGUUCAUUUAGUACCAACUCAUUUAGUUGAGCGCGAAUUUUGGCGCAUUGUUUCCUCAAUCGAUGAAGAUGUAACUGUAGAAUAUGGAGCCGAUUUACACACAAUGGAUCAUGGUUCGGGUUUUCCUACGAAAAGCUCUUUAUAUUUAUUGCCUGGUGACCAGGAGUAUGCUGAAUCUAGUUGGAACUUGAAUAAUUUGCCUUUACUAGAAGACUCCAUCUUGGGACAUAUCAAUGCAGACAUUAGUGGUAUGAAUGCACCAUGGAUGUAUGUAGGAAUGUGCUUCGCAGCUUUUUGUUGGCACAACGAAGAUCAUUGGAGUUAUUCCAUCAACUAUUUGCACUGGGGAGAACCAAAAACUUGGUACGGUGUACCUGGCUUUUGGGCUGAACAAUUUGAGGAGACAAUGAAACAGGCAGCUCCUGAACUGUUUGCUUCGCAACCGGAUUUGCUGCAUCAGUUAGUCACCAUAAUGAAUCCAAACAUUUUAAUGAAUAACGGAGUACCUGUUUAUCGAACAGAUCAAAAUGCCGGAGAAUUUGUUAUAACAUUCCCCCGAGCAUAUCAUGCUGGCUUCAAUCAAGGAUAUAACUUUGCUGAGGCUGUCAAUUUUGCGCCUGCUGACUGGCUGAAGAUGGGACGCGAGUGUGUUAAUCAUUAUUCAAUGUUGCGUCGUUUUUGCGUUUUCUCUCACGAUGAACUUGUAUGUAAGAUGGCAUUAGAACCUGCCAAAUUGACAUUUGGAAUUGCAACAGCUUGUUAUAUUGAUAUGGCAGAAAUGGUAGACUCGGAAAAGAAACUCCGCAAAUCUUUACUUGAGUGGGGAGUAACGCGUGCCGAGCGAAAAGCAUUCGAACUAGUGCCAGACGACGAACGGCAUUGCCAUGAAUGCAAUACUACUUGCUUUUUAUCAGCUGUCUCCUGUGAAUGUACUAAGUCAAUAGUUUGUCUUCGCCAUUACACAGUUCUUUGCGACUGUUUGCCAGAAAAGCACACUCUUCUUUACAGAUACACACUCGACGAAAUGCCAUUGAUGCUGCAAAAACUUAAAGCCAAAGCGCAAAGCUUUGAACGGUGGUUGUCUAGAUGUCGCGACAUUGUUGACGCAAACACUCCUACUUCCGUACCAUUAACUGAAUUACAGGAGUUGUGCAAAGAAGCUGAACUUAAAAAAUUCCCAUCAUCACUACUAAUCGAUCGAUUAAAUUCAGCCAUAGUUGAAGCCCAGAAAUGUGUGACCGUCAUUCAACAAUUAGGAAUAAACAAGGUUCGCACCCGCUCUGACAAUAACCAGGAAGCAGCUCAAUAUAAACUUACAAUGGAGGAAUUGGAAUUGUUUGUGCAGGAAAUCGAUAAUUUAUGCUGUAUUAUAGAGGAGGGCACAUCUGUGAGAGAAUUGCUUGUCCUAGGCAAACAGUUUUUGGAACGUGCAAAUUCCUUAUUGAGCCGAUCAAUUGAUUCGUUGGAGGAGCCUGAAGUAGAGCAACUAAUAAGUGAAGGUAACUCGCUCAGAAUAGAAUUACCUCAGAUGAAUCGGUUGUACAUGCGUCAAAGGCAGUUGAAGUGGUAUAAACGUUCGCAAGGUAUGCGAAAUCCUUCUACCAAAUUAACUUAUAGUGACAUAAAAAACUUACUGGCCAGCGCAACAACUGAAUUAGAUCCAACUGAUCCAAUAAUUGACAAAGAAAUGCGUAAACUGCAGGAGAUUGGAGCCGCAAUUGAAGCAUGGGAAAAGCAGGCGGCUCGCUAUUUCCGGUGUACUACGCAACAACAUGAGCUAGCCGACAUUGAGCUGUUUCUCAAAUCAGCUGCAGAAAUAGAUGGUCUGGUGCCAUCAUUCGUACUACUUAAAGACGCGUUACGUAAAGCUAAAGAAUGGUUACUUUCAGUAGAACAGCUGCAAACAAACGACCAUUUCCCCUACUGUCAUACUCUACAAUCAAUUGUGGACCGUGGCAGGAAUAUUCCAAUUCAGCUUGAGGAGUUGAAACGUAUGCAAGGUCAUUUAAAUAGUGCACAUGAAUGGAAAGACAACACCGCUCGGGUGUUUUUGAAAAAGCAAACAUUUUACACUUUACUUGAGGUUUUAAUGCCCCGCUCUGACGCUGUCAUAAUUGACUCAGAUUUAAAACAGCCAUUUGAGGAUGACUUUGUAAAGGAAAUGAAUCCUGCACAAAUAGUAGACUCCUUCAAGAAAGCUGAAGAGAAAGAGUUACGCGAUAUGCGCGAACUAAGACGUCAAAAUAUGUCCAAAAAUCCUUUGAAAGAUUUGUAUUGCCUAUGUAAAAAUCCGUUUCAAGGAGUUAUGUAUAAUUGCCAGUUGUGUCGUGAUUGGUUCCACGAGGAUUGUGUACCACCGCUUUUAGGAAAUUCGGGUCCAUCCUCAGGUAUUAGUUAUAUUUCCCGGUCCAAGUGGCUCUGCCCGUCGUGCGUGCGGUCCAAGCGACCUCGGCUGGAAAUUAUCCUUCCACUUCUUGUAUCACUACAACGUUUACCUAUACGUUUACCAGAAGAUGAAGCACUGCGCUGUCUCGCUGAACGUGCUAUGAAUUGGCAAGAUCGUGCUCGAAAGGUACUGACUAGUCCUGAUGUAACCGCCGCUUUCGAAGCUAUUUUAGUGCACCAGCGAAAGCAAAAACAGAAAGCAGCUUGCGUUACUGGAGUAUUGGAUGGAAAUAAUUUUCGCAAGCAACAUCGACGGAGAGGCAAUCGCAAUUCCAAGGAUACCGCUGCCACUUCUGAUAACCCAGAUAGUACUGAUGAUGAUGAGGAGGGUCGCCUGCAAAUUGUUGAAGAUACUUUUAGCAAUGAUGAAGAGGAUCUGCUAAAUUUAGAGCCCAAUCCACAUCUCGAGCUACAACAACUUUUGUCUGACAGCGAAAAGGAAAAUCUAAUUGAUUUAAUGAUGGAAGGUGAUCUCCUUGAAGUUUCACUAGAUGAAUCAUAUGAGUUAUGGCGUAUAUUGGCAGCUAUUCAGCCAUUGUGUGUAGACGAAGCAGUUGCACUCCAAAAGCAACAUCAAAUGCAACAUAAAAAAUCUUUGCAAAAUGUAUGCAGCGUUCAUUCAGCUGGCGAAGAUUCGAAUGACAGUCUAUUAGUACAAAGCAGUCCUAACAGCAAUAGUGGUAGUAUUAGUGGCCGAAACUCUACCAGUGGUAAUAAAAAACGACGGUCGUUAGAUCUAAUUAGUAGCAGUUGUCCACUGCCGCGCAAAAAGACUGCAACACCUAAUAAAUCUUAUAAUUCUUCUUCUAAAAAGUCUACACGAAAAUCAACAACGGAUACAAAUACUAAGCAACCACAACUUGAUGACGUUUCUGACAGUAAACACUCAAAUGGCGGGAGCGCUUACUUAGCCGCGAACACAUUAUCCGGCCAGAAAAAACGCAAACGUGUGGGAACUAAUGCAAACAACAGUGGUAAUGUAGUCGGUCAAAAAAAGCAGUCGCAACGUAAUCAAAUGGCACAGCAAGAAGACGAUGAAGAAGAAUGUCGCGCAGAGAAUUGUCAUAAACCAACUGGUCGUGAAGUUGAUUGGGUUCAGUGUGAUGGGGGCUGCAAUGAGUGGUUUCAUAUGUUUUGCGUUGGGCUCAAUCGUAGUCAAAUAAAAGCAGAUGACGAUUAUUUCUGUAUACGUUGCACAAGAACUAUGGGAAAAACCACAGUCACAGAAAGUGCCACUAGCAACAGCAUCGUGUCUGUACCUGGUACCCCUACAACGUCCAUUGUCAGUCCAAAUAUUGGCACAAACAGUAUCAUAGCAGAGACACCAGGAACAACCACACCGCAACAAGUGUCAACACAACCCACAGGUUCCGCGUCGAAGGGUCGAGCACAAUUGGCACGUUAAAUCAAAUCGCAAAUAUAAUUUAUAUAUUUUAAAUGAAAAACUCUAGUGCUGUAGAUUUGUAUGUUACUUCCACUUUCGUUAUCCAUAAAAGAGGAACUCCGAGUAAACUUGCAUUUUAAUAGGUUCUGUACCCAAAAUUACGUAGAUGUUAGUACUCUUUCAAAAGAUUUGCACUCAUGUAUGUUAAGAAAAAAGAGCCCUUUUGUCGGAGCGCGAGUAGGAAAAAUCGACUAGAAGUAAGACUUUAUUUUCCUUUAAUAUUUGGAUUUGAAGUGAGUUUACCAAGGAUAUUGGUAAAGUGUUUUUAACUGAUUUAAAUGACCAAAAAUAGUUUGUUCUUACUGCUGGCAUUUACAAAAUUAAAUUUAUUUUUAAUAUGGUGUUGAAAAGUUAGUUCCCAAAAUUGAGUGAACAUUCCCAGCUGUUUUUAACCGACUUUAAAAAGGAGUAGUUUGUCAAUUCAUCAGGAUAUUUUUUUAAGAAUGUUACCGGAUAACUUUACACGGCGUGAACUCAUACUAAUUUGGUUAAGUUCGAUCAUUGCAUCAAGAAGAAACUAACGGUAGUCCUAAAUUUGUAUGAGAAUUGAAGCCUUACUUACUUCUAAUUCCGUAACUUACAUGUAGGUCGUUCAGCCCCACUGUGUAGACUAGUUGAAAUUCUAAAUAGAAGUUUUACUAAAUAUUUGAAAUUAUAAUUAAUAUUUUUGGAAAGAUAUCGGAUUAAUCCAAAUUACUCGUUUGUAAAAUCGCAUCUUCACCACAACAGUCAAAUUCAGUGAAGUUAGUUUAGUUUACUAAUGGUAUGAAUACUUUAUAAUCAAAAAAAUAAUGAUAAUAAAAAAUAUUCUGAAAAUA